AUAAUCUCUCUCCCUUUACAGCUGACCACAUUCAAUCUUCCCUUUCUUUUCAUUCAGAUUCCUCUAGCCACUGGAACUCAACCAGGCCGGCAUUUAUACAUUCAGUUGUGACUUGACUUAGUAUAAUCUAAUAUCUAAUACCGCUCACUAUGGUCAAGGGUCUUGGGCUCCUAGCCAGCUUGGCUCUCUUUAGCUCUAUGACGUUGGUUUCUGGUGGAUGGCAGAGUCCAGUGUACCCCUUGUACACUUUUCCUCUACCAAUCCCACCGGACGCCGUGCCAAAAAAAACGUUCACUUCCAAAGCUACGGGUAAACCAAUCGACUAUUACGAGAUUGAUAUCAAGCCGGUCUCCCUCCAACUCUACCCACCCCCAUUCCCGAAGACGAGACUAGUCGGUUACAAUGGACUCGUACCUGGACCGACCUUCCGGAUCCGCCAAGGCCGCGAGGUAAUCGUGAGGUUCAUCAACCACGGUGACCGUGCUAAUUCCGUUCAUCUUCACGGAUCGUACAGCCGGGCUCCUUUCGACGGAUGGGCCGAUGAUGUUACGGAAGUUGGGCAGUAUAAGGACUACUACUACCCCAAUGGCCAGAAUGCUCGUACUCUGUGGUACCAUGACCACGCGGUUGACCACACCGCUGAGAACGCCUACUUUGGGCAGGCAGGCUUCUAUAUUCUGAGCGACGCGGAUCAGGAUGCUCUUGGUCUGCCCAGUGGGAAAUACGACGUUCCCCUUGCCCUCGCUGGCAAGCGGUACAACUCAGAUGCGUCGCUUUGGGACCCCGAAAAAAACGGCGAGACAACUUCGGUCUUUGGCGAUGUUCUCCAUGUUAACGGUAUGCCAUUCCCGUACCACCAGGUUGAGCCCCGCAAGUACCGUCUUCGAUUUCUCAACACCGGUGUCUCUCGAUCCUAUAACCUCUGGUUUGAGCAGGAAGGCACAAAGAAUAAGAUCAAGUUCACCAUGAUCUGUUCAGAUGCAGGCCUUCUCCUGAGUCCCGUCGAGACAGACAACUUCUUCAUCUCGAUCGCUGAACGCUGGGAACUUGUCAUUGAUUUCAGCAAUUUCAAGGGCAAAAAUGUUAUCCUUCGCAAUGCGCGGGGUGUUGCUGCCGACUCUGACUUCGAAGCAACGGACAGGGUUAUGCAAUUCCGCGUUGGCCAAACUGUCACUGAUACCUCCAACAAUCUUCCCCAAGGCUUGCCCGCGAAGCUUCGCAAUGUUCCGUUCCCUCCGGCCCAUGCUCCUGUCGACCACAAUUUUGAAUUUGCCCGCGGUCAAUCCCAGUGGAAAGUAAAUGGAGUAACAUGGUCUCAAGUCAACUCGCGGGUUCUGGCUCGCCCCAAGCGUGGUGCAGUGCAGAAAUGGAGCUUGAAAAAUGGAGGAGGCGGCUGGUCUCACCCUAUCCACAUACAUCUUGUCGACCUUCAAAUGGUGAAGCGUACUGGUGGCCGAGGAGCGAUAAUGCCCUACGAGGCAGUUGCUCUCAAGGACGUUAUGUGGCUCAACGUUGGAGAGACCGUUGAGGUUGUUGCCCGAUAUGCACCGUGGGAUGGUCUUUACAUGUUUCAUUGCCACAACUUGAUUCAUGAGGAUCACGAGAUGCUUGUUGCAUUCAAUGUGUCAGCUCUUUCUGAUCUUGGGUACACGGACAAGACGGCGUUCAUCGACCCUAUGGAGCCUCGCUACCGCGCCAAACCUUUCGUGGAGUCCGAAUACCAAGCCCGUACCGGUGUUUUCAGCGACGCGCAAAUCUCGAGCAAGGUUGACUUUUUCGUCGGCCUUGACGCUUAUGCUCAUGUCGAAGACGCCGAGAGCGCACUUAACAGAUACUGGAAGACAUACUCUGGACCAACAGAGGCAUCGCCUGUUCCUAAACGUCGUGAUAUCGUUGAAGCUCGUGCUACGCCUGUUCCGGUGGUGAACGGCCCGCGUUAUCCCCAGGCGAAAAGGCACAUUAUCCUCUAAACUAGUAAGAUACGAAGGUCGUGAGCAGCGGGGUUAAAUGAGGAGGCCGUGGUCUUCAUUCCAGUUUCUG